AACUGUACGUGGUACGCACGUACAUGUACACUACAUGUACAAUGUAUGUGAUCUGCAUAAAGUGUCAAACGUGGCGUGCUGUGCUUGGGACUGACGAACGGAACACUUUGGCAACUUUGGGAUCAUUUCAUUAUUUACCUGAGACCCAAAUGAUCAUCAGGACCCUUAGUUCAGGAUGAGGAUGGUCGUGGUAUCGUACUGCUGCUCAGCUCAUCACAUUCAGCUGCCAUAUCUCCCGGUGAACGAAAGCCUGUUGUUUCUAACCAGGUGACAGGACACUGCUGGUGAGACACUUGUGUGUCCAAUAUAUCAGUUACUCCUCUCUAUUGCUUCGUUUAUCUUCAGUAUCUGACAGAAACAUUUGUAAAUACAUCGGGAUAAGGAUACUUUGAUCGGGAAGCGGGAUAAAUAAAGAUUGACAUAUAUCCCGGGCUCGUAGACAGCCAAUUACCUUGUGGUAAAACCGGGUCGCAGUCAGGGGAGGGAAGAAUGCGAAUGAAGCCGUCUGGACGGGAAAUAGCUCCUCAGAUCAUCGUCGGUCAUCAGCUGUGAUUACUGUCUGCGCUCGAGUCAGAGGAGGACUUGAAAGCCUUGAUCAACUUUAGGAGGAGACAUGUAGCUCCACAUGAGGAUUUGAGUAUUUGGAUGUGAUUGACAUUCGGGUACUUCAUUAGGAGAGCAUAAUUUGACCUCCUUCACUGUCGGAAUAAUCAACUCCUACCUAUUAAGUUUGAACAAUUGGCAGUUUAGUCGGGCAGGUAGUUACUAGUUACCCAGGAGUUUGAAACGGACCUUAUUUGUGGAUGCAUUAAAUGGCUUCAGAAGACUACUGCCCCUGCAACAGUGAACGCAACUCAACAUCUAGGUACGGAAGCAGCCCGGAUCAGAGAAGUAAUGGUGAUAACCAUGCACUGAAAGAGCACUACACCCCAGUGCUUGUCAUAGGUAAUGGCCCAUCGGGGAUAUGUCUGUCAUACCUCUUGUCUGGUAACUGGCCACACUUCACGGGUGAGCCACAUCCAAACCCUAUACUGCAACUCAAGCUAGAAGGGAACGAGGACCAGUCUAUUUUGGAGUGUGAUUUGGAGUACCUCAGCGAAGGCCUCGAGGGGCGCUCCCACAACCCUGUGGCCCUCCUGUUCGACACCCUCUCCCGCCCCGGGGCAGACCUGGGGGAGGAUGAGAAAUCUCGGCUCGAAUGGCGCCACCAUCAGGCCAAUGCUGUGGAUCAUAUAGUACUUGGGACGGGAAAUCCAGGCGGAUCUUGGUGGGAAAUGGACGACUCUGUGUUGACGCUGAGCCUUGGAGCAUGGAUGGAAAUGCCAGACAUGAGCUUUGAUGAAUGGGCUGCAGAAUACAGGGAAACUCACAAGGACCCCAUGGUGAUGAGCAACUACAAGAGAGCAACGUUGUCCGAGGUGGCCCACUACUACCAAGAUUUUGUCAAGACCAAGAAGCUUGAGGAUAACUUUGUGCCUUACACCAAGGUUCUUUCCAUCCGUCGUCUGAAGGGUCGACGCGUCAUCAACAAUGAGAGUGGAGAGCCUGAGAUCCCGUGUCAGCGAUGCUGCAAGCUGGAGGGGGAGAACCUGUUUGAGGUCAAAGGCGAACACAUUGACCCCAACUGCGGAUGCCGGCAAAACUUCACAGUACUGUCUCCCAACGUUGUCCUUGCAACGGGGAUGAUGGGGAAACCGAAUCGGCUCAACGUCCCUGGAGAUGACUUCCGGUAUGUGAGGUACGAUCUGAAGUACCUUGAAUCUUCCAUUCAGGAAGGCGACCUUAGUAGUCAGUCCUACCCUGUUCUGGUGAUCGGGUCAGGACUGUCUGCUGCUGAUGCCAUCCUCAUGGCCAGAAACGCAGGAGUUCCAGUCGUCCAUGUCUUCCGGAGGUCACCCUGGGAUUCGGCAAUCACCCUCAGCAAGCUUCCCAAGGUGGUCUACCCUGAGUACCAUCGAGUCCUGCAGAUGAUGCGAGGGGAGAUCGAGGAGGAAGGCUACACACCAUUCCCAAAGCACCAGGUGGUGGACUUCAGCAGGGACUGCAUGGUGACCCUAUCAGGUAAUGAUUCAACGCAGCGUAUGGCCGUCUCGAUGGUUACAGUCUUCAUAGGAGCGAAGCCAGACCUGUCCUUCCUACCUGGCGGAGGGGUUAGCCUGGGUGAAGAAAGCAGUGACAUCAACUGCAAGAACAAUCCUGUAAGUGUUGAUCCCAUUACCAUGGAAACUGAAGCAGAGCCUGGCCUUUACGCCAUGGGUCCUCUGGUAGGAGACACCUUUGUUCGGUUUGCCUCAGGAGGGGCACUGGCAAUCGCCAGUCACCUCUCAAGGAAGAAGUGUUGUCAGAGCCCAUGCUGCACGAGCUCCUCCUAGCAUAAUACCAUUUUUUAUAUGUAGUGAGAUAAGACAGACAUCAAUAUUUACAUGUACCUCGGAUGCAUGCAUUAUUGGACAAUCCCGACUACAAUUAGGCCUUUAAAAAAAAAAGUUGUUGUAUUGCCAUUUGCGACCGACCCAAAAAUCAAGAAAAUCUUCAAAUCUACGGUCGUCCUUUUAAAAAAGAGAGAAAAAUGUAUUUAAGAAUUAAAAACUGAGAAAUAUCAGCCCAAAGAGGGAGUAAAAAAAACAAGUAAAAAAAAACACAGAUCUGACCGACCGACCCAUGUUUUGGCACCUAAAGGGCAAUACAUUUUUAAUUUUUUUUUAGGCCUUAUAAAUUGUUGGAUGGAAAUCAGUAUUGUUGUGAUAAUACAGAUGAUGAUAUAUUGUAUGAAGAAUCAUUGUACUGAGUACUCUUGUUUGGUCUGGACUAUGCAAUUUUUAGUUCUUAUUUAUCAGGUUACCGCAAAGUAUCAUUGAUUCAAAUUUAUUUCAUCGGUGAUAGAAAACUUUGAUCCAUCUUUCUUUUGCAAGCAGUGUCUGAAAACACAUUUUUUUCUAAUUUGUUGAAAUGUUCCCCUCUGUUUGUAAUUAAUGUAAGAUUUGUAUGAUAAUUUUCUCUAUUUGCCUGUUUGUUUUUCUUGUUUAUGCACUUUUUUUCUAAUGAAAAGGAGCUUUAUAAAUGAAAUAUUAUUAUCUACAUUAAAUGUCUAGUGCAAUUUUACAUUGUGACCUCUUAGUAAAUUUAAAUUAAGUUUCUUCAUUAAAAAAAUUCUGAACUUGAAGGAAACUUCCCUUUAUUUUCAUUAGUAUUCAAUAAGGGCAAGUUCAGGCUUUGUCUUACCUUAUUAGUUUUUGUAAUUUUCAUCUCCUAGAACCUAAUCACAAGUAAGAAUUAAGAUGUUUUUCUAUUCUCUGUGCCUUAUGCCCUCCGCACACUCCACUCUCUGACUGUGCGAUCCGAUUCUUUAAGAAACAGUAAUUAUAUUCGUCAUGGAAAUCUUAACAACUAGAAAUUUAGUGCCUGAAAUCAUAGACUAUUGGUCUGACUGCACUAUAAUUCUGAACCGAAUUAGCUUUUCCUUCUUACGGGCUUAAGGGCAGUUUAAGAAAAGAUCAAGCUAAGGUGCAGUCCGGGGCGGUUUAGUUGCGAAAGGUUGUACAUUUUUUGUAGUUCAGCUCAAGUCAAAUUAAUGUCUAUAAAAAAUAAAAAAUAACAAAAGUUGAUGUCAUUCAUUAUUAUUUGUGCAACAGUAAGUUCUGCAAUUUCCUAAUAUCUUUUUUUUUAACAGUAAAAUAAAUGGACAUGUGUACAUACAUGUAAUUGAAGUACAGAAUAUAUUGUGAACAAGUGUUUCUACUUUAUAUCAUGCUAUGGGUUCUUUUGUAUAUGUAAGCAAAAGAUAUUUAAAUAUUGUUUUCAAGUCAUCCUGAGCUUUAAAUUUCACCGUUUGAGAAAGGGUGGAUAAUCGAAAAUGACUGCCUUAUAGAUGAUACAAUUGUAUGCUUAUUGUUAUUGGUUAUAUCUGUUAUUGGUAUUUGUUUGGAAGGGCAUUAACUGGGAUACUUUCACACAGAGUUAACACCCUUCUGGCUCUCGGUACCUGGACGUAAUAUGAUGUAAAUGUCAAACAUUUGUAUCGUGCAAUUACAUCAACAUUUCAUGCACAUAUUCAUGCUGCCUUACGAAUAUCUAAACAUUAAUCAUUAAUAUUGUAGUUCAUGCAGUAAGAGGAGGUACAUUUACACUUUCUAAAUGAGUUACAGCUCCUGACAUAACUGUUGGGAGUAUUUGAUAUGAGAGGAAAUGUGACUAUGCAAUUUUUCAUGUUUCAAAGUGAAUUUCUGUCAUUAUCAUUAUCAUUAUUAUUAUUAUUAUUACUUAUUUGACCAAUCAUAAAAAGCACAGAUACUUAACAGUGGCAAGAGACAAAUACAUAAUAAGAAUAUGAAAGAAUAAAAGGAGUUGGAGCUGCAAGUGUUCCACCAGCGGCAUGUGCCCCCCCCCCCCCCCCACACACACACACUUGCUACUCCCAGUACAUUUACAUUUUAAAAUCUCUACAUGGAACAUUGCACUUGAGUGAGCAUUAACAUCAAACAAUUAAAAACAAACAUUAAAAGGUUAGAUAAGGGAUGCCAGUUUUCAGGCAAUAGCAUGAAUUCAUGCCAUGGCAAGUUAUUUUCAGACCAUUGUUUAGGCUUUUCUGUGUACAAAAUGGCUCAUUCUAGGUGUUUUCAGGCCCUCUGAUUAAUUCUAACUGGCAUCCCUGUUAGAUAUAUUGAGACUAAAAAGAAUGCAUGUGCAUAGUCUAAACGUAAAUACUUGAAUGAAAAACGUACAUGUCCAAAAAACAAAUGCUGCAAUUAUUAUCGUAUGAAAACAGUACGUGUCCAAUUACCGGUCACUCAAAGAUUUUUUCUUUUUCGAAGCACUUCAUGAUCAUUUUGAAUCGAAUUUUUUUCAGGGCUUUGAUAUUACACCAUAUCACAGACACUGAUAACAACGUAGGGCCAUGCAUCUCAGAUUUGUAAAACUGGAAACAUUGUUAAACAAAAUGGUAACUGGUAUUCAUGAGCCCAAAUAAUGUACCAACAUAUAGAGGUCCGGACUUAGAUUUUGGGGACUUGUUAGUUCCAUGUCUAGCCCCCCCCCCCCCCCCCCCCCGAAAGUUGUUAUUUUAGGAUGAUCAGAACAUACUCUUGCUUGUAAAUGAAAACGAUUUUUGAAUGUUUUGUCUGUGAAUUGGAGCCCUGCUGCACAUUGUCAUAGAUAUUUUACCUGAUUAACAAAAAUUACUGAAAUUAACAUGAAUGUAUUGGCUGCUGCAUUAAAAAUUUGACAUUCGAAAGCUUAAAUCUUACUUUCUUUGUAUAUUUUUUAAUCUAUACAAGGAGUCAUUCCUGAGGUGAUGUAGGUUAUUUACUGGUAUCUAAUAAUGCAGAAGGAGAGAUAAAUGCAUGCUCGUUUAUUUUCUAAAUACUAAUUUUCUCAGUACUUAAAUGUUAUACAGUUUGUAUUCUUUUGUUUACCUCUUUGAAUCAUUUACUUUUCUUCCUGCAUUUUAAUUUCGAUUUGAAUCAAGAAAUAGUAUCCUUGUAUUCAUUAAUUUGAUAUCAACAAAAUAAUUAUGUUUUCUUUUUUGAACAUUUGAUCUCUUAUGUAACUGUGUUCUUUUGGUACAGAUACAUAUAUUAUAUUUUAUAUUAUUAUUAGUUUGACAAAUAAAUUAGACAAAGGAUUUUUAAUUCCAAUGUAUUUGUUUAUUUACUUUUUUUAGAAAAUAUUAUUAUGGAAAAGGAAUGCCAAAGCAAUUUUUUAUGAAUAUUUUGAUAUAUUUUCUCCUUUUUUGUAGUAGAAUUUUCCAUGACUAUGAGAUUUAUGUAAUUAAUUAAUUGCGGUAAAUGUAUUUCACUUAACAUUAGACUACCAGGUAAUAGGAUAUGGAUUUUUGAUGUUGAAAAAAAUAAUUUGUCAGUGCCAAACCUAGUAUGGCAGAUACUAGAUGACAGUGUAAUAUUCAAGUACCGGUAUGAUGGGGGAAAAAACAUGCUGUAAUUUGUUAUUUUCCCAAACAUUGUUCAAUCUAUUUUGUCCAUUUCUUAGAUCCAUCAGUACCGUUUGUACGAGGCAGAAGUAAUGAUACAAAAACAAGGUGAUUAGAUUUCAUGAAAUCCUCAUGAAAUAUGACAUUCCUCUUAUUGAUGUAUACUAGGAUACCUGUCGAUGAUGAAAAUGAUAAUGACUUGGAGGUAUCAUUAAUGUGGGAGCUUCUAGAAUAUUAGAAUAUUAUAUUUUUAUAUAUAACAGAUGAAGAGAUUGUAUACUAUGAUCAAGGCAGAAGACAGGGUAGUUAUUACUAAUUAUUCGCCAAGGCCAAACAUGUCUAGGUAAUGAAGAAAGGACCUUUUUUCUCUCCUAAAUAUUGUGUGUAACAUGUCUUUCUGUGUUUUCUUGUUACAUUUUCAUGAAACUUUAUUUCAUUUUGUUAGUACUAACAUUGUUUUUCGAGAGAAAAUAAUUGUUCGUAUAAGUUUGUAUGUGAUUUUAAAUACAGAGAGCCAGGGGGGGGGGGGGUGUUGACUCCCUAUGAAGUCCUUAUCAGUGCCAUUUUUACUCUCAUCGUUUGGACAGAUCUCACCUAAAUCUGGUUCAACAUUUUAAACGGUUUGUUGAGAGCCAAAAUGGCGUUUAAGAUCUGGUUGGAGGAUACAAGUUAAUUUACAACCCUCUUGGCUCUAGCAGAUAGAAUCUAGUCAUCUCUGCCAGUCAUUUUUCUAAAUGGGUUCUGAGGGUAAAUUUGACUGUAAAAACAAUUUAAGAUUAAUGUGGUUUUGGCCUUGUAUAUAUCCAAUACAGAUUAUUAUAUUUUGGAGGUUCAACGAUAUGGUUCAAGAACAACUCACCUCGACUAGAAUCCAAAGACGCCCAAGUCAUUGUUACAAAAAAAGAAAUACCAAAAAUGGAAAUUGCAUUUACAGUACACAUGCAGCUUUAUCUUAAUCACUUUGAUCUCUGGUUUUAAUGUGAUGAUAUAUAUACAUGUAUCUAUGUGAACAGUAGUAUGCUCAUAGCCAUUAGAAACAAGAAAAUGUGUGGGUACAGAUGCUAUGUCUAAUUAAGCUACCAAUUUGCAGUCUAGGUAUGCGCCUGUUCUCAAAAGGUCAAUGAAGUAUGGUUAAAACAGUCUCCUAAUACAAUAACACCUGCUUGAUAAACAAAAAGUGCCGUGUUCUGCUCACAUCUAGUCAGGAAUUGUUUUGCCAGUGCUGGAGCAACCCUGUUUUGCUUAGGAGAUGAUGGACGAUAACAAUAUUUUUCAGAAUACCAAUUAAGAACUUUUGAGGGGAGGUGGGGGGGGGGGUAGUUUAAGGGGAUGUAUUUAAAGUCUGAAAGUUGCUGACGGUUGUAACCAAAAAAAAGAGAGUUUUCAUCACCAUCAGAGAAUCCGAAAACUGCACUGGGAAGUCAGAGUGAUGUUCGUAGCAAAUUGAUUUACUUGAAUUUGCAAUGUAAGCAUUGCAGUAAUUGCACAAUAUUUCAAUGGUACUGACAUAUUUUGUAUUCCUUCGCAAAUUGAGACAAAGAACUGUUAUAUUACAUCACAUUUAUAUAAUUCUUGAAUUGUUUGUUAAUUUGUGUUUGAAACUCAAUCAUGAAGAUGUAUAUUUUUCAUAUUGCAUAUUGAUUGUGACAAGUCUUUUUGACUAUGUCACCCACGAUUAUAAAUCAUUGAAAUAAAAUAUGUGUACAUUUUAAACAAUGGU